AUGGGCAGGAUCCGGGACCACCUGCGCCGCACCAAUCGCCGCGGGUUCCUGGCGGCGGUCGAGAAGAUGACGGAGGAGCUGACCACACUGGGCCUGAUCUCCCUCAUCCUCCUCUCCAUCCAGCGCUAUAUCUCCAGCAUCUGCGUGUCUGGCACAGACGGGGCUCGCCCCGCCUGGUCCCUGGGCACCCGUCUGGCGAGGGAGUGCGCAUGCUGCCUGGCCAGCUCCACCGGCGUCCAGGCCUGCCUCCUGCGCGCGGGGGGGCCGACCUGCCUGGGAGGGGAGGGGCUCUGCGCCUGCGACGCGCACGCCUGCGAGGCCGGCGCCGACGUGCCCUGCGUUGGGGUGCAGCCGGGGCUGACCUCCUGCGGGGAGGGGCGGGUGCCCCUCGUCUCCUUCCUGGCCCUGGAGCAGGUGCACAUCCUCAUCUUCGUGGUGGCCCUGACGCACGUGGCCUGCUCCUUCUUCCUUCACUCCGUGGCCCGCGCCCGCAUCCGGCUCUGGAGACGGUGGCCCGAGAUGGACCACGAGCGCGCCGCCCUGGUGAAUGCCCAGAUCGAGCAGUACCAUGCCCGCCUGCACGGUGGAGGAGAUGCGGCGGAGUAUGGCCCGCCAGGCGCCAGCUCCAGCCCCGCCAACGUGGCAGGGGGUGGGGCUGCAGAGGAGCCCCGCCACCCCUCCUCCCCCCCGCUGGUCGACGAGGGCAUGGCGACUGCGCUGCGCCGCAUCCAGACCCUCAUGAGGCAGGGCAGCGCCGCCCCCGGGUCUGAGGGUGUCCCGCCCAGCGCCGAUGGGGCCUCGACCGUGGUCGAGGCCCCGGCCGCACGCGUGGGUGGUGAGCGGGACAAGCGCUGGCGGCACUGGGCGGCGUGGUGGCGGGAGUUUGCCUUCUGCCUCUAUCACGGCCUGGCGCCCAACUCGCUGACGAGGAUGCAGUACCAGACCCUGGUCAUGUCCUUCCGCCUCACCCACCGCCUGCCCGCCUCCUUCAACUUCCUGGACUUCAUCGUGCAGUCGCUGGAGGACGACCUGUCGGCCGUCGUGGGUCUGUCCCUUGAAUUUUGGCUGCUCAUCGUCAUCUACUGGCUGGUGGCGGGCCCUUAUGGCUACCCCACCAUGAUCUUCUUCGCGCUGAAUGGCGCCGUCCUUGCGCUCACGAACACCAAGCUCCAGCACAUCAUUCGAUAUGUCACUAAUAGUGGAGUGCCCCAGCAGCUGGAGCUCCACGUGUUCUGGCUGAACCGGCCACCGCUCAUGCUCAUCCCCAUCAAGCUCACGCUCUUCCUCUGCUCCUACACCUACGCCAGCUUCAUCUUCUUCCUCUGGCAGUUUGGGGCGAGCUCCUGUGCCUUUGAGGACGUUUUCUAUCGUGGAUGGGUCCUGCCGUGGUGGACCAUCAUCCUCUUCAACACCUUGAUGCUGGUGCACAUGAGCUGGGUCACCUUCCCUGCAUACUCUUUGGCGGUCCAGAUGGGAUCCGACUGGAAGGCUCACAUGCUUCCCAGACGACUUCUGAAGCGCCUCCUGGCGAUCGCCCGACACACCAAGGCCAAGGCAAGUUGGUGCCGGGAGGACGCGGGCGGCCGCCUCCGCUCCCUGUUCGUCACCGUGACUGCCGGAGACGCGAGCCAUGCCCGCCUGAGGCCCCCUGACGACUGGCUGUCGGAGCUGCUGGGGGCGGUCGGGGCGCAGGCCUUCUGCGUGCUCUCCGUGAACGGUGACCUGUACACUGGUGUGCUGCAGGUGCACCGUUACAAGGACGGCCGGGACAUCUACAUCCAGGGCUCUGAGGUUCGCAAGCUGUUUGUGGUGCUGGGCGUGGAGAUGGGGGAUGGCCUAAAAGCCACCCUGCCUUCUCCAGGCGACGUGCCGCGGAUAGAGUCGCUGGCCAUGCUGGCUGGGCUGGUGGCCGACGCCUCGGGCCCCGACCCCGAGGGAUGGGCCGGAAAGGACAACGCAAGGGGCAGCGCAGCGGGGCUGCUGGCGACCACCCUGGCGCUCAUCGUGGCAGGGGCGGCGGCGGCGCUGACACCGGCCCUGGCCAGGGCGGGGCCGCCAAGCGCCGGGCCGCCGAGCACUGAGGCGGCGAGGACCGGCGUCAGGGCGCUGCGCUUCACCGACCAGGGAACAUUGGGGACGCCGGGCGUCGAAGCGGAGCUCCUGCUGUGUCUGGGGGAGGGUAGCGAGGGUGGAGGAAGCGGGGUCGCCAAACUGCUGCGGCUGCUGGAGUGCUCCAAAGACCUAGCUGGGCAAGUGGCCUCGUUCGAGGAGCUUGGCAGCGGGGAGCUCCGCGUCAUCCUGCGCUGCCCAUCACGAGAGGCCAUCGCCCAGGUGGUGACCAGGCUUGUGCGCCCUGAUGUGACCCUGUGA